AAUCGUCAUUGAUUACGAAUAAAUCCGAAAUUCGCCGAGAUGGUCUGAAUUUCAAGGACGUUAACUCUAGAUAAAAUUGGGAAAUCUGUCGGUAUCUUUUAAUAGAAAUGCCACGACAUGAUUUUGUUCACAAGAAUUACGGCAACAUGGGCAGUGAAUUUAUCAUACACCACAGAACAGUCCAAGUGGGACGACUCAUUGUCAUGUUUGUACUGUCUGUGUUUUUCGCCUCACUUGUCAAACUACAUUUAAAAGAAAUGAAAAUUUUGUGGUCAAUUUCUGGAUUUCUUGCUUUUAUGCUGAUUUACAGAUUAUAUAACAAAGUGAAACGAGAAAGUUUUCUAGUCCUGCCUUCUUUGGGUAUCCAGGUGAAAACCGAAUACCUGUUCGGCCACUGUGAUGCAGAGUUUAUAGAUAUUUUACAUGUGAAGGAUGUUAUUAUUAAUGAAGCCAUUACUAUGCAAAGAGUGAUUUGUUAUUUGGCUGUCCUGCUCAAAGAAGAUAACUGUGAUAAUCUCAAGGCAAUAUAUCCACUUUUUACACACUCAUGGCCAAGUCUGUCAGUGAUACAGCCAAUUUACCAAAUCACACAGAAGAAGCUGUUUGCAGAACACCUAAAAUCAAGAUGACGGCAGCCUAAACUUAUUAUUCGUGUAUAGAUCUGUUUAAAACAUAUACACAUGUAUUUUAAAAUUCUUUCAGAUAUACCUCAUUCUGCAAAGAUAUAUAAUGUAUUCAUUGUUUGUCAUUGUAAACAUCAUAUUGUAACAAUCAUUGACACCCAUUCCAUGGGCUUGACGACAACACUGUGUCAAUAUUUAUAAUCUACCCACUGCAAAAAACAAAUGUAAGUCUUAGUGCUAAAAAGAUGUUUUGACUCGUUUGUAAUGGUAUUUUAUUUAUUGGUAGUUCUCUGUAGUUGGCAGUUUUGGUAGCAAUUUAUACCAGACUUUAAAGCUGUCUUCAUUUUGCUUUUUAACUUCUGCAAUAAGAAUCUUGUAUGCUGAGACAAUCAAUACCUUGCAAGUAAAAGAUGGUGCUACGUGUAUAUUUUUACCACAUAUUGAUGUGUAUUAACACAUUUUUAAAAGUCCCAUGAUACAAUCCCAGGACUUGAAAUAGAGGCCUGCGAAAAGUAGUAAAUGUUUUAGACCUAGCAGUCAAAAUAAAAUUCAUCUACUAAAAUUACCAAAACAUCACAAGUCGUUUUUCAAGAGACAGAUGUAUGUACGAUCAUCUCAUCUUGAUGCUGAGCUCAUGAUUCUGUUAUAUUUUAAUUUUAUAAUGCUCUAAAAUACAUCUCAGAGGUCCAGAUUCUCCACACACUGUCCCAUUCCCUUCACUCACCAUUUCUGUGUUUAUUUCUAGCAGGUCAUAUUUUUACUUGGCAUGCCAUAUUUCUUUUGGCCUGGUAUGUUAAAAAAUAACAGCAAGCCAUGUUUUAUUUCCUAUUUUGAGCCCUGCAAUCCUGGGAAGAAGGUUCAGCUACUAAAUGGAAGAAGCCAAAAAAUGAUGAUACGUAACACUGAAGAUACAUUCUUACAAUUGUUUCAAAAGCUUAUGUAUUUUAACUCAUAUAGCCAAAAUCAAAUAGUACACCAGUGUAAUAUUAAGCUGCCCAGAUGUUUGGAUUUGUUAUGUAUCAGAAGGUAGUAAGAUUAAGAAACAAAUUUGCCCAAUGAUGGAGCAGGAUGUGAAUCAUUGGUAGAGUUUUUACCUGGGCACAGUGUGAUGAGUCAUAGGAUUGAUCUCUUUCGAUGCACCUGGGUUGUUUUUCCAUUCCAUCCAGCGUCCCACCAAGUGGUACAUCCCAGAGCUAGCUCUGUCACUUGCCAAAUGGUGAAAUAAUUUCAUAAAAUAAUGGAUAUUUCUGCAGUUUUUGAAGUUAUAUAGAUACUUUGGCAAAAUUUUCUCUACUGACCCAGAGCUAGCCCUGCAUCCAAUUCCAUGGUGUGUACUAUCUUGUCUAAGUUCCAGUGUCCCAAAUCAGUUGUUGUUGCCAAUAAUGUUAACGUUUACUAAUAAAACUGAUAUAAGCAGCGUAUCCCAGGUAGUACACCGAUGAAAAGAUGGGUACCUCACAUUUAAUCUACCUACAGAGUCGCAUAUACCAUUUGAGAGAUUUGAUGAAUGUAUUUAUUAAUAACUCUCAGUUUUGCUGAAAAUCACAGUUAAAUUUUUAGGGAUAUCCUGCACUGGUUUCAGCCUAUUGUGUGUACUGCAUAACAACUGAAAUAAAAGAAAUAAAAGUUAACUUUUUUAUUGGCAAUGGAUAAUAGUAUUUGCACAUAAUUAAUGUCACACACUACCAAUCCAAGCCGUAGCUGUUUUUACUUCAUAUUUAUAUUUGACACAGAACUUUCUUCUUUGGUACAAUGUCUGUGGGAAAUUGUAUAUAAAAAGUCCCUUGCUGCCAGAAUUACUUACUUGUGCUAAAUUGUGAAAAAAAUGCAUGCACAAAGAAUAAAAGACUGCAAUAUGUAAUACUGUAUUUGUUUCAAAUAGCCUCUGCCAUAAGAGUCUGAGGAAUUCACAGUCUGGGUACAUGGAAAGUCACAAAACUACCUCCGUUUUUAUCUCUGCCAUAAGUCCCAGAGGAAUACCGAAAGUCACAAAACUACCUCUGUAUUUUUUUUCUAACUUAUUUUGCUGCUUGGUCACAUUCUGACAUUCAGUUGCAGUUUGCAUCAUGGUGAUGAUAAUUAAUGAAAGUAGGAGGCUGCUUGUGAAACAGAGGGGUCUAUAUCUAUUGAGUAUAUUGAGUGGUACAAAUGCAAGCAUGCAAUCUAGACGCUUGUGGUGAGUGCAGUAGCUACCACAAAUCACCACGUAUAUCUACUAAUAAAUAUACUGCAUCAGUUCCUACCAGCUAAACUCUUACAACUCUUGUUGUUAUAAUUUCUGUUGUCUUUAUCAGCAUUUAUAUUUGGAUCUGUUCAGCAGUCUUAUGAUCCAGGGGUGCAGAAAGUACUCGCAGGCUGAUUUUUGCUCAAAUUUGGAUGACAAUGUUUAUUCAUAUUUACAAUAUUUUUAUCAAACAGCUAUAUAGGGUUCUAACCGAUUCACCAUACAUUUUUACAUGGAUUACAUCUAAUAUUGUGAGUAGAAUUAUGGAAAUACAUGGUGAAAAGUUUUCAGGCCAGGUCAUUUUGACCGAAUGUCUCCCAUCAUUUUUGCACGAAUAUGAAGAUUUGAUUCCGCAGCCUCCUAUCUUGUAUGCUUAUGGACAACAUGUGCAUUAUUCUUUUUAGUAGAAAAAGACCAUUCAAUAUUGCAAUAAUUAAAUUCAUAAAUAGCCAAUAGGUUAUUCCCCGUAUCCCUCCCACCAUAUUCCAUCCUAGAGACCAUAUUGCAUUAUCAUAGUUGCUGCAUAAAAUAUAUUGAUCUUUCAUAUGUAUUAUAAUUAUUUAAAGCAAAGAAUAAAAGUAUUAUUGGAAAGGGAUGAGUAUUUAUCACUUCAUCUAGUCAUCUCUGAAUCGUGACUGACAAACUGAUGUUUAUUUUGUCAUAAAUCAAAUUAAUAUAAUAAUUUUGUUAUUUUUUACCCAAAAAUAUAUAUACAUGUAUAAAAUGAUUUAGUAUAAUUGAUUUGAACACUAUCAAUUGUUUUAUUUGUAUAACAAUCACUAUAAUAAUUUGAAGUCUUUAUGUUAGCUCAAGAAAAUAAUUUGCAUUGUAUUAACUCUAUAUAUGAAUGUAACUACGCAGUAUGUUUUGUCUCGCACAAACUAUAAGUCUUGUAUCGAUGAAACUUGGUUUGUAGUUGCACCUAUGGAUGUUCAUCAUAGUGCAUCGAAAAGGUUUAUGGUAGGCAAGACAUUUCAUUCCAUAGAAUUCUUGUUUUUUAAUUUUAUAUUCUGAUUUUUAUUUUUAACAUUUUAUUCAAUAUUACACAUGAAUAAUUUUGCAAUGUCUGUCACUAUUACAAAUGACAAUAAUAUUGCCAAUGGAUUCAUAUCUAUAUACAUACAUUACAUACAGGAUAAUAAAUGAGUUUCCAAUUAUUGUCAAAUUUAUGAGCUUUAGAGGGUGACAAAUGAAACAAAUUUCAUGAGGGACAUAAAUUUUAUAAUAACAGGUACUGAGUAUGUUAUUCUGUUUAUUACCAUAGAAUAUUUUUCUCUC